AUGUGUCCAGAGGUGUGCUUUGAGAGUAGAUGGAUUAUCACAGUGUUUUAUUUGCUUGCAGAACACUUUGACGGAUAUCGGAUACGCAAGGGUAUAGGAAGUAGUUGGGUGAACUUAUUGAGGGAAGCAUUGUUUCGUUUUGACCGAGUUGCCACUGACAAUCUUGUCCGCUCUGGAGAGUCCCAGUGGGAGGAUCUUGCUUCUUCGCGCGCUCUCUUUCUGCGGAUCGGCGGUUUGGAAUCGCCCCAUAAGUUGGCUCGCGGCGUCACGACGCACAUCGCAAGCUCCAUCUUGUUCAAGUUGCCGCCACGUAAAUUGCCAGCUAUGUACAUUAAACGAAGUAGUUGA